AUGCAUCCACCCGUUUCGCACCGUUGCCUCUAUGCACCUAACAAUCCAAUUCACUUGUUCGAAGACGAUGUGGGACCUGUCCGGCCAGAAACAAAAACAAGGAAGGUUGCUGGUAGCCUUUCGGGUUGUUUACUCACGCUCGCACGUGCUAGCUUGCCGCGGCCAUGCCCUGAUUGGCCCACGCCAUCACCCAUCUGUCCAACUACCUGCAACAGGGACAAUGUCUGGAACAUUCAAACAUGUUGUCUUCACGUGUUGGACGGAUACAAACCGAUUGUAUGUUUCAUGUCAAAGUGUCAAUGCAUCUGCUCGCAUCCAUUGACACACUUCUACACAAGUACCCAGCCACAUAUAUUUCCCGAACACGAGUCUAUUCCUGUCUCACUCUUCCGUCCGAACCACGGUUCACCCCCAUCCCUCAACACAUGCCAUACAUCUCUACAAAACCUACUUUGCCUCCACUCCAGCCACCCGCAGCAGACAAGCAUACCAAACACAAAAGCAAAGUCAUGCAUGCAAAAAACACAUUACGAUUAUUCUUGUCGCUCGCGUCUUUUUGUGCGAUCCAUCUAGUCUACUUGCUAUGUGAAAUAAUAGUGGUACAAAUCUCAGAGAGGGUUGCUUGCAUGCCCCAAGCA